GGGCCGCGGGCGCACUUCCUAGUGUCGCCGGUAGAGGGCGCAGGCCGCGGAGCCGCUCGCAGAGCCGGGAAGCCGGGAGGAGCGGGCGCAGCCCCACUCGCCCCAGCCGCCGCCAUGAGAGCCGUGGUGCAGCGCGUCACCCGGGCCAGCGUCACAGUUGGAGAAGAGCAGAUCAGUGCCAUUGGACGGGGCAUCUGUGUGUUGCUGGGCAUUUCUCUGGAAGACACACAGAAGGAACUGGAGCACAUGGUCCGAAAGAUUUUAAACUUACGUGUGUUUGAGGAUGAGAGUGGAAAGAACUGGUCGAAGAGUGUGAUGGACAAACAGUAUGAGGUGCUGUGUGUCAGCCAGUUCACCCUCCAGUGUGUCCUCAAGGGCAACAAGCCCGACUUCCACCUGGCAAUGCCCACGGAGCAGGCAGAGAGCUUCUAUAACAGCUUCUUGGAGCAGCUGCGCAAGACGUACCGGCCGGAGCUCAUCAAAGAUGGCAAGUUUGGUGCCUACAUGCAAGUCCACAUUCAGAACGAUGGGCCCGUGACCAUAGAACUGGAAUCUCCAGCUCCUGGCGCUGCUACCUCCGACCCAAAGCAGCUGUCAAAGCUGGAAAAACAACAGCAGAGGAAAGAAAAGACCAGAGCCAAAGGGCCUUCUGAAUCAAGCAAAGAACGAAACGCUCCUCGCAAAGAAGACCGCAGUGCCAGCAGUGGGGCCGAGGGAGACGUGUCGUCUGAGCGGGAACCAUAGGCUGCCGGAUGGAGCUCAGUGCGUUAUCAUUGGCAGAACUGGAUCCUGAAAAAUUCAUGAAAGAUGCUAAGCACCUACACUACUUUAAGAAUCUGGAACUGAAUCGUGAAAAGGCAGACAGAAGUAAGAAAUUGGGAACCUGAAGAGCCCUGCAGAAGAAACACACACCAAAGGAACAUUACUGCUUUCUGUUGUUGCUGUGGUCCAAGGGAGGAGAUGCGUGCUGCCAGGCAGGGAUUGUGCCCUGCAGGGCAGACACCUGCACCUCCCUCACAAGAAGGUUUUGUUAGUUCCUAUGAUGUCUUGGCUUACUUUUGGAACAAGUGGGCUCAACAUCAGUUGUCAUCGAGUUCUCCUUUCACACUGUGGUUCAUUUCUGCUUGUCCACGAUGGGUCUCAGAUGCAUUCAUGCUGUCCAUGUUCUUCCCAGCACUGGCCAAGCCAGGGCCUGUGUGUUAAGGUGUAAAGAGAACUGUCACCUAUGAUAACGUAUUGUGUGAGACCUUUGCGUCUUGUAAAUUUCCUCUUUUUUCUAAAAAUAAAUAAUAAAAUGAUAA